AUGCACCAGCCCUGGCAGGACAAGGGGCCAGAGAAGGGACUCUGCUCCCUGCCAGCGCUGCUGCAGGGAGCCAGGGAGGAGGGUGCUUUUCCCCAUGGCAGCCACCCCUGCAAUGUAACGCCGGCCAAACUGGACACCACGGUCCCACAAGAGACCCCCCGCGGCCAGCACCCACCUGCCCCACACCUCCAGCCUGGCACACCCUCACCCACUGCUGCCCUGCCCCACGCCAGCCCCGCGCCCCACGGAUCAGCCUCAGGUGGGCGCCGCGAUGUUGCGACUGUCACCGACCUGUGCAGCGGCGAUGUCCCCGAGGUGGAGAUCAUCAGCCUGCUGGGGGAGCCGCUGCCCCGCUACACGCUGCGGGCUGACACCGUCUUCGGCUACGACCACGACGACUGGCUGCGCGUUCCCCUCAGCCCCCUGGAGCCCCCGGCCCCCCUCACUCCCCAGCAGAUCGAGGAGACCCUGCAAUACUUCCUCCUGUGUGCUGAGCGGGUGGUCAGGAUCACGAAGACCUACCACGACAUCGAUGCCGUCACCAACCUGCUGGAUGAGAAGGAGCGGGACCUGGAGCUGGCGGCGCGCAUCGGGCAGUCCCUGCUGAAGCAGAACCGGAGCCUGACUGAGCGCAACGAGCUCCUGGAGGAGCAGCUGGAGUUGGCCAAGGAGGAGAUUGCGCAGCUGCGCCACGAGGUCUCCAUGCGGGAUGACCUGCUCCACUUCUACACCACCACGACAGAGGAGAGUGAGCCCACUGCCACCACCUCCACACCGUUGCGUCAGAAUGAGUCCUCACUGUCCCUGCAGCAGUACCUCCAGUAUGACACCUUGCAGCAGAAACUCAAGUGCCUGGAGGAGGAGAAUCAGAAGCUUCGCAUGGAGGCCACCAACAUUGCAACUGAGACCUCUCAGUAUGAGGACCAGGAACAGCAGCUGAUGAUCGACUGUGUGGAGCAGUUCUCCGAGGCGAGCCAGCAGGUCGUUUACCGGUGGGAGGAGCGGGCCCGCAAGGCGGAGGACACGGCGCGGCAGCAGGAGGAGAUCAGCCAGCUCCUGGCACAGGUCGUGGACCUGCAGCAGAAGUGCCGCACGUACGGCUCGGAGGUGGAGGAGCUCCAGCAGCACCUGGCCCUGGCGAAGGAGGUGCAGCAGCAGCUCCGCACAGAGUUGCGGGACCUGCAGGAGAAGUACGCGGAGUGGGGCGGGCUCACCGCUGGCUCCGGCUUCUCCCUCAGCUCCCUCUCCUACUUGCCCGACAAGCUGCAGAUCGUGAAACCCCUGGAAGGCUCUGUGACUCUGCACCACUGGCAGCAGCUGGCACGGCCCAACCUGGGUGGGAUCCUGGUGCCCCGUCCCGGGGUGCUCACCAAAGACUUCAGGCAGCUGGACAUCGACCUAGAGGAGGUCUACAGCCUCAAUGACCUGGAGGAGGAUGAUGUGGAUGCUGGCUCCUUCCAGCUGCUCCCUACCUCAACACCUGCCAAAGCCAAGGAGCGCCCAGGGGUGUUCCUCUCUGUUAACAACCUCCCCCAGACCCCAUCUACCUUCACCACUACCACUUGCCACAUCCUCCACCCCAUCACUGAGGUCACCACGGUGACACCCAGUCUGUGUAAUGCCUUCAUGUCUUCUUGUGGGCCCCUUGAGGGCCUGAGCUGUGGCAGCCCCUUGCUGGAGAAGUCUUCCCCUGUGCUGACACCUGCCCCUGGACCCCUGAGCACCCCCCUGGGACUUGUCAGGCUCUUGCUGGUGCGAGGAAUCUCUGCCUCAGUGCCAGGGACUGGGUCGUGGUGGGGCCCCCUGCUCCCCCUCCAGGAGCCCCAGGAUGCUGGCACCUGCCCCUCCCCUGCACCCGGGGGGCAGGAAGGACCCCGGCCCACGAGCAGCACCUUCAGCUUUAACCUGGUGGAGAAGCUGCGGCGCCUGGGGCUGAACAGGGUGGUGGUUGGAGGGGGGAUGUCCUACACCCCAGGGGAGCUGACGUGA